AUGAACUCGCCGCCGUCGUUUGACGACGACAACACCCUCAAGCUCAACCUCCCGUUCAACGACCAGUGCUACCAGUACGAGAACUCGAUGCCGUUCAACCCGAUGCCGCCCCGCCCCAUCCAGGGGCGCCAGCAGUCGAACCAGCCGCUGACGACGACGCUGCCCGCGCAACUGUCGGCGGUGCCGCCGCCGCCGGGAGCGGUGGACCCCAUGCACGACUACAGCAUGCAAAACUCGCUGCACUACCUGAUCUUCUCCAACCAGGUGGCGAUGAACCUGGCGGGGUCGUUGAACCACUCGAUGUACCAGUUGGACGACCAGCUGCUGACGGACUUGGUCCACGAGUACCUGAUGAACCCAGUGCCCCUGGGCGAUCUCAUAUACCAGAUCCACGACUACGAGUUGACGGCGCUGGUGGAGCUGUUGCCCCUGGUGCCGGCGCCGCCGCCUCAGCUGUUGCUGCAAAUGUCGCAAGCGGCCUCCGCCCCUCUGCUCGUUGAGUCCCAUUUCACUCAUCCGUUAUACGUUCACCAAGCUGCUGCCGACUAUCAGAUGAACCACCCAGAAGGCCAGCUCAUGCCCGCGGGCGAGUUGCCUCCGUUUACGCCCACGGUUAACGACUACGAGUUCGGCGCUCACCCUUUCCCUCAUGAACAUCACGCCCAGCAUUAUCAUCAACAUCAUCAUCAUCAUCAACAUCAACAACCUCCUCUUCAAACUGAGCAGGAAAUUCCUCCGAACGCGCCGCCUCAGGGGACGUUUACUCACCACCAGCCAUUGCCGGUGAACCCGCCACCUCCACGGGGCGCCCACACCACGCCGCCGUCGCAACGCAUUUCCAAAAAGCACUCCAGUCUGCGGCUUAACGUGCUUUCUACCAAGAAAAACCUCGUGGUAUCGACGCUGACGCCGUUGUCGACGGAACUGCUGCCGGGGUUUGGCGUGUCGCCGUUGUGCAACAAGUACCGUGGGCUUGACAUCCACCAGCAACAACUUCCGCUGCAACCGUCGCUCACGGGGCUCCACCUGGUGCUGAACGCGCUGAGCGUAGCGUCGCUGUAUGAGGCGCCACCGAUGCCGCCGCAACAGCUUGGUGGCAUGAUGCCGCCGAUGAACGUGUUCCGCCAGGACCUGGAACUGAGCUUGCUGCUGGCUGCAGGACUGUACUACGACCUGCUGGCGACCCAGGGCGUAGCCCAGGCUUCUGGGGCGAUGACGCCGCCGCUGACGCUGACGCCACCCCGGCGCAAGUUCCUGUCGCUAUCGGAAGUGCUGGCGCAAAAGGUGAAGAAUCUUAGUCGCAAGCAACAGGAAAGUGUCGGCAUGUUAGGCCCCUCGUCGUUGCCGCCGCUGAUCCCCGUACCGCCAGCGCCCAUGGGUGCAAACCCUAACCCGGCACCGGUAACUGCUUCUUCGUUAGUAAUGACGCCCACGGCGCCAGCAGCGCCGCCGCCCAUCAUGAUGCACGCCAACAACUCGCUGUCGCUGGUCCUCUCCAACGGUCUGACGGGACUGGACCUUGGCGCCGCGGUUAACCAGGCGAUCAUGUCGUCGGGGGGCAAGACGAAGAAACACACGCGCCGGCGGCUUUUGCCCCGUCUGAAGAACGGGUGUUGGAUCUGCCGCAUCAAGCACUUGAAGUGCGACGAGUUGCGCCCGCUGUGCUCGCUGUGUGCCCGUUUCGGUAUCGACUGUGACUAUCUGUCGGAAAAGCCCGACUACGUCACCGAUAAGGAAUUGCGUAGGGAGAAGUUAACCAGCAUAUCCGCGCUCCGCAAGCAAAAGCAACUGCAAACGCCGGCGAAACCGAAGCGUAAAGAACCCGCUCCCUAUACCGACGUGGCGGUAGACCCGGUUCAAGGCUACUUCUAA